AUGAGCGUAUGUGAGCUCGACAAGGAUGUGCAGUAUGCAUUGGGCAUAGACGAAGCAGGACGAGGACCCGUACUUGGACCCAUGGUCUAUGCCUGCGCCUACUGCCCGCUGUCCGAGAAGGAGAACAUACGCACCCGUGACGGCUUUCAGGACUCCAAGCAGCUCUCGGAGCAUCAGCGCGAGUCCAUGUUCGAGAGGAUCGUGGGCGCCCCCGACGUCGGCUUCGAGGCCUGCAUCCUCUCGGCCGAGGACCUCUCCAACAAAAUGCUGCGCGCGUCCAAGUACAACCUGAACCAGAUUUCGCAUGACACGGCGGCGGAGCUGAUCGCGCGAGCCCUGACCAAGGGCGUGCCGCUGAAGGAGGUGUACGUCGACACCGUCGGCGACCCGGGCCGGUACCAGGAGAACCUGUCCCGCAAGUUCCCGCGGCUGGCCAUCACCGUGUCGAAGAAGGCCGACUCCCUCUUUCCGAUCGUCAGCGCAGCCAGUAUCGUAGCCAAGGUGAUCAGGGAUCAGUGCCUGCGAACGUGGAAGUUCAAGGAGAAGGGGGUGGAGUUCUCGCGCGAGUUCGGAUCGGGCUACCCGGCGGACCCCUUCACCAAGCAGUGGCUCGAGGGCAGCCUGGACAAGCUCUUCGGCUACCCCACCCUCAUCCGCUUCAGCUGGGCCACCACCGACAACAUGCUCGAGGACCACGACGCACACGCCGUCGCUUGGGAGGCGGACGUGAACGAUGAUGGCAAGGGCAAGAAGGGUAAGAAGCAGAUCCAACGUACGGCGGCGCUGGUGCGGCGGGCCACCUUCAUGACGCCCAAGUCCACACGCUGGAACUACUACGCCAAGCGAGGAAUGCAGACCGCCACCACCUCUGACUUCUGA